UAAUCCUUCACCUAAAUCAAAUGUUCCAAAAUUUUAAAUAUGACUGAUGUCGAUGUGAGAAAGAGAAAUAUACCAUAUGAUGAAAAUUUAAAAGAUCUUCAUCAUGUCUCUGGUGACCAAAAUUUUACAGACUCAAAUAAGGAUGAUGAUGAGGAUGACGAUGAAAAAAUCAUUCAAGAUGUAGAUGCUGAAAAAUUAAAGUUAUUAUUAGGGCAAGCUUCUGACAAUACCACUGAUGUCUUAGAUAAAUCUCUCAAUAAAUUAUCACCCAAAUGGAAAAACUACGUGGUUCGAGGCAUAUUUAGUUUCCUUAUGAUAUCAACCUUUUGCCUGGUUAUUUAUCUUGGUCCUUUAGCUCUCCUGAUAUUGAUUCAAAUCAUACAAUUAAAAUGUUUCGCCGAGAUAAUCUCCAUUGGUUAUGCCGUGUACAGGAUCGAUAAGCUGCCCUGGUUUCGGACCGUCAGUUGGUACUUUUUGAUAACUUCCAAUUACUACUUUUACGGCGAAAGCAUGGUCGAGUACUUUGGAACUCUAGUUAAUCGCAGGUUCAACUUUUUGAGUUUUCUCAUAACGUAUCACCGAUUCAUAUCCUUCACCCUUUACAUCAUUGGAUUCGUCCUGUUCGUGCUCAGCUUGAAGAAAAAAUUUUACAUGAAGCAAUUUUCGUUGUUCGCUUGGACUCACGUUACCCUUAUGAUUAUAGUCAUUCAAUCUCAUCUAUUAGUGCAAAAUAUAUUCGAGGGAUUAAUAUGGUUUAUAGUGCCCGUAUCGAUCAUAGUAUGCAACGAUAUUGGAGCCUAUCUCUUCGGUUUCUUUUUCGGAAGAACUCCCCUCAUCCAGUUAUCGCCCAAAAAAACGUGGGAAGGGUUUUGGGGCGGUUUAGUCUCUACGCUCAUAUUUGGAUGGAUAAUAUCGGGUUUACUGUGCCGUUACAAAUACAUGGUGUGCCCUAUCGAGUACAACGAGAAAAAGGACACCUUUUCUAUCGAUUGUAUCCCAGGGCCAGUCUUUCAACCCAGACUCAUCCCCUACCAAUCUUCCAUGACCCAUUUCUUUCGAUUGUUCAAUAUUCCCAUCGACAAGUUAGCUAUAUACCCGUUUCAAUUGCAUUCAUUGUCCAUGUCGCUUUUUGGGUCCGUAAUUGGUCCUUUUGGCGGAUUUUUUGCCAGCGGUUUUAAGCGAGCCUUUAAAAUCAAAGACUUUGGGGGAAUGAUUCCUGGUCAUGGAGGUGUAAUGGAUAGGUUUGAUUGUCAAGUUCUCAUGGCAACAUUUGUUCACGUUUACUACUCUAGCUUUAUAAAAUUACCUAAUAUCGAGAAAAUACUUCAUCACAUUUUCUUACUCAAGCCCGAUCAACAAUUGGCAAUAUUUUCCGAAAUCAAACAGAGGCUCAUCAAUAACCAUUUGCUCCCAGAUAUACCAAAAUCACAUAAUCACUCAUUUACAUAAAAAAUUUUAACAAUUAAAUAUAUAUAUAUAUUUUAAAAAUAUAUAAUAUUAAAAAUAUAAAUUAUAAUUUAAAUUCUCUUAAACUAUAUAUAUCGUAUAAUUGGAGUUUUUAGUAGAACUGAUAGGUAGUGUUGUUAAGCGGCUCGAUUUUUAAAAAGCGCCAAGCCAAUAUUUUAGCCAUGAAUAUUAGACAAGCCUGGAGAUUUUUCUCAUAAAAGGUAGAAAUGUUUGGGCAUCGAUUAAUAAAAUUUCUAGUCUUUAUGUCUUAUUUUUUGGCUAAAAUAUUGGGCUAGCCGGUUUUAAGAAUCGAUCCGAACAACACUACUGAUAGGGAAAAUGUAAUCUUAGUUAAUUUUGUCCAUUUUGUUUUAGUAAGAAUAUGUUAAAAUAUUUGUAUUUAUUUUUUGAAAAUUUAUCUUCAUAUCGAGUAAUAUUGUAUUAUAUCGAAUAUAUCGUGCACGACGUCUUAUAGUAAAAAUAUAUUAUUUAUAUAUUUUUUUUUAUUUGUAGCAUAUUAUGAGUUUAAUAUUACUAUAUUUUGUCCCAUCUAUUCUCUUGAUCCAAUGUAUGUUUAGUAACAAUUAUUUUUAUAACGAAAAUAAAAAUUUUUAAAAAAAAAUAAUUAUAAUUAUACGCGCAAAUAUAUUUUAUAAAUUGUCCUUUUUAUUAUUUGUAUAAAACUCUUUUUUAAAAAAAAAUAUAACCAAAAUAGAUUCAAAAAUUUACCUAGUUUAAAAAAAUGAAAACCAAAUUAUAUUCUUUAAUGUAUUAAAUUUAUACGUCGAUCGUAAUU